AUGUUGUCGGCUCAAGAAGUAAAAGCAUUUGCAAAAAGAGCUAAUGGAGACUUGAAUGCCCUUAAGGUUUAUUUUAAGAGAAAUUUUGAGGCUCUAGCCAAGUUAAUUAGNGUACAUUAAGUUCAACAGGUAGCAUGCACAUUAGUAUAAAUAGGCGAUGUAGCUGAAUAUUUUAAGUUAAUGCUUAUUUAGGUGAUUGAGUUGCUUAGCACAACCAAAAUCUCUAAAGCUUAUAUUACACGAGUAUAAAACCUGGAUAAUAUAUAGUACCACCAUAACACAUGUAGAAAAAUAAUACGAACACAGGCUCAAAGCAGAAAUGAUGUUCAUUCAUUCAAAAAGAACCGAAUUGCUCUUCAUAACAUCGAUAACCUACAGAAGCUUGGCAAAUUUAAAAACACCCUGUUAGUGCUUUCAAAUAUAAUUGAGCAGUAACACACCAUAUUACUAAAUAGAGUGCAUCUUUAUGGCAAUUUUAAAGUAACAUAUAAUUCAUAUACAGUUGCAGACAAAUAUUUUCAUUCUAAACUUCUAAUUCAUUUGUAAAACCCCUUGGAUUAUAGGAACCAUUUAAAAAACAUCAAAUAUUAAGAUUUAUUCUAAUAAUACUAGGAGUAUAUAAAACCAAAGACUUUACAAUUGCGAUUUGAAUUAUUGAAAGACAAAGAUACUGAUGUUAGAACGUUGAAAUUGUUAGAUGAACAUUUUUAAAACUUAGAAGAACAUUAGUUGUAGUUCAACAAUAUUUUAUCGAAUAAAUAUGUGAAAUUCUUUGAGAAGGAUGUUAAAAUGAAAAUUAGAUUUAGGAGCAAUUUAUGA